AUGGCGUCUCCAAGAUGGAAAGAGCUGUACAAGUACGCUGCUUGCGAUCUUGCUGAUGGACUACUCAAACUUCAUGUCCCCGGUGCUGGCUUUCUCCCCAAUAUUAAGCCUCUGCAGCCAAUGACCAAUGUCUCGAGCCUUGGAUCUAGAAAGGUGCUUGCGCCUGCAUCAACCUUCCUUAUGAUCCCCAAGUCCACAAAGUCAUUUCCCAAUGUGGCACCUGUACAGGAAGACUAUCCGCCAUCUAAUCUGACAGACGGGAGACCCUAUGCAGACUAUACGGAGAAGGGUACAAUCAUAGUCAUCAGCCAGCCCGCUGGCCAGUCAUGCGCCGUGGUAGGAGGCAUCAUGGCAGCUCGCAUCAAGUACCUAGGCGCUGAAGGUCUCGUCGUGGAUGGCAGAGUGAGAGACCUAGCCGCUCUGAAUGCGACACAGCUGCCCAUCUGGUCCAAAGGAACAUCCAUCAUCGGCGCAGGGGCAGAGACCAAGUUCCACGCUCGCAAUGUACCUGUAAAGAUUGGCGAGACGGUUGUGGAGGCGGGCGACAUUGUGAUGAUAGAUCCAGAGGAGAACGGCGUGGUCGCAGUGCCUCUAAGUAAGGUAGAAGAGCUGCUUGAGCUUCUACCUAAGCUGGUGGGCGCUGAUGAGAAGGUGAUUGCGGAUGUGCAGCAGGGCGUUAGUGUAGGGGAAGCAUUUGCGAGGCAUCGAAAUCAGUCGUAG